CGGUGACAUUAACCAGUGUGAGAGCAGCAGCUGAUCACUAGUUUCUGCUUCUUUACUUCCAUAAAAUUAGGUAUCAGGAAGUCUUGAGUCUUUAACCGUCUGUCAUUAUUCGGUCAGUAUGGAGCUCAGUCAGCUUCAUCUUGUGCUCCUGCUGAUUUCAAGCAUCCACUCUGCACAAACUGAAGAAAGACCAAAACCCACAGUAACCAUUAAACCUGCUCAUCAUGUGUUCAGAGGAGAGACAGUCACUCUCAGAUGUGACAUAUAUAGUGAAGGAGUCACUAGCUGGAGCUACAGCUGGUAUAAAGAAGGUUCAACCAUUGUUUCCAGUGAUCAACAGGAACACACACUCAGGUCUGUUACUGAGUCUGACGCAGGUAAAUACACCUGUAAAGGAUCAGAGACAGAAGGAUCACGCUGGUCACAAAAGAGUGAUGCAGUUACACUGAGAGUAUCAGAAAGACCAAAACCCACAGUAACCAUUAAACCUGCUCAACAUGUGUUCAGAGGAGAGACAGUCACUCUCAGAUGUGACAUAUAUAGUGAAGGAGUCACUAGCUGGAGAUACAGCUGGUAUAAAGACGGUUCAUUCAGUGUUUUCAGUUAUCGACAGGGAACACACACUCAGUUCCUGUUACUGAGUCUGACGCAGUUAAUACACCUGUAA